GGAAAGGGUGAACUUAAGCCUUGGCACCUUGGCAGUAUCUGGUCGCUCGGCAGCACCCGCUGUAUCUGUCCUGAGACAUUCCCUCUUUUUGACUUGACGAACUUCAGUUUCUUAUCUGGAUAAUCCAACAAGCUCUUUGCCUACCACUACGAUGCUGUUACUCGCCGGCCUUCGCCGAUGAUAUUGAUCCCUGUGAGACAUGCUGAGAAAAUCCCGAGGUGGAUGCAGUGUUUGUAAGAGCCGGAGAGUCAAAUGUGACGAAAAGAAGCCUGCCUGCUCCGGAUGUUCAAAUCGCGGCUGGACAUGCCCGGGUUAUCACAGACCUUUACGAUGGUCAUCCAAACACCAACAAGACAGCUACUUAGCUAUGCCACAUUCACGUACACGUUCACCGCAGGCCAUGACGAUUACCGCUCAGCGCCAGACUCACCACGAAAGCAUCCUUGGAGGACAUACACGAAGGGGAACGCUUCAGGAUGCCUCCCCAGAUGACCUAGUUCAAAUUGCCAACGAAGAAGAAGGACUAGAAUCGCUUGAGUCGGAAUCACCUUCUUCUACUCCUUCAAAUGCUCUUUUAUUGCAAUCAUCAAAGCAUCGGCCUACGCUGGUUUUCCAAGACGACCUACUUCUGGUGAACUGCUAUUCUGACCGUCUCGCUCGGAUACUAUCUAUUUAUAACGGAUCAUUCAAUCCAUUUCGGGCAGCAGCCCUCUCCGCAUGGACACGGUCGUCUCUACUUAUUUCUCUAUUCAAGUUUUUGGCCGGUGCUUACGAACUGAGCUUGACUGGUGGGAGCGGUCUCGACAUUGUCGUAAACGAAGCACGUAUCAGCACUCUCAAUCAAAUAUCGCUCAUUCUUUCAGAGAUCGAUUCCGUUCACUCGAUGAAAAAGAUCGAGCUCCUCCUAGGAAUCGUCAUGUUCGGCCUUAGCAGUAGCUGGUACGACCUAGAGGACCUUGGACUCGCCCAUUAUAACGCCGCUGCUGCGUUACUACGAAGUGUCGACAUCGAAGAAAUCAUGCCGACACAGAACUAUCAAUAUUUCGAAGAAUGUUUGGUAUAUUGGUGGAUGAUGCUUUCGUUCGCCUGCGAUCCUUCUCAGCAGGUCAUCCAGGACCCUCCUCGUCUCACUCCAAUGAGCGCAACCAAGCGUCGAAUUCCUCACCCCUUGACCGGAGUCUCCUCCGAGGUCCAAUAUUUACUCGGCAAGGUUGGGUAUUUGGUGCUGGGAGAACGGCGCAAAUAUCUUGACCGUCCACUAACGACAAUCAAAACUGUUCUAGAGUCCCUCUCCAACAUCGAAAGUGCUCGAGGCCUGGAAUCUCAACUACACACUCUGGAUCUACCCUCGGCAGAAUCAGUUGUCGACCCAAAGGACCCGUACACUCCGGUUGCAGAUCUGAUCAAUAUAGCAAACGCGUACCGAGUAUGUGGUCUGUUAUUGCUCUAUCACGCAUUCCCGGACUUGCUCAGGACCAAACUGGCACAUGGUUCUAACGACGAGACAUGCGGACCUAGAAGUGAGUCAAUGGAGGACCAUCUGGUGUCACUAGCCCUCCACGCGCUACACAUUCUUGCCAAGAAUAGCGAGUUAUCUGGUACUCGCACUAUCGAGGCUAUCAUACUGGUCAUCAUUUCGGGCGAACUUGGAAGCGUGCCACGAGUCGAUGCAGCAAGGCAAACAUUGAACCCUCAGGUUGAGCUCGAGGACACGUCAGGAAACGUGCCGGGACGGAAUCUGACUGGCAUGGAUGCUACAAGGCGACAAGAAUCAUUGCAACAGGCAAGAGCAGCCGUCUUAGCUCGGUUUGAGCGGGUACAGUCUGUGCUUCCAUUUCAGACUAUCGACCGCAUGAGAAUGCUUGUUCUAAAAACCUGGGAUUUGAUGGAUCAAGGAAAAGACAUUUUCUGGGUGGAUGUGAUGAUUGAGAGCAAGUGGCAGUUCUUGAUGAUUUAGAUUCGUGACCGGGAAAUCCUUGGGCAAGCCCAUGUGCCGCACGGACUACUCCGUACGUUCCCCACGCCAUCGGAGUGCAAAGGCAUCGGUUUGGCAUGUACAAAUAC